CAAUAAAUUGGUCAACUAAAGAAGAUCACAUCCUUAAGUCCAUAUAGGCUUGAAAGGCUACAUAAUCUUGCCCAUUUUUUUGGCAAGAAUGGAAAAAGUCCAAAUUUUUCACAAUGGAGAGCAAGUCUGGAGCGUAGGGCAUAUUGAUGGAAAUACAUUUUUUGGUCCAUUUCGAGGCGAUGCAAAGAAAAUGGUUGCUAGAAUUCUAUAUUCUCAAGAGCUCAGUCAGCAGUCCCAGACGAGCAAAAGCACAAUUGAUAUCAGCUUAGAAACAGACGAACAAAUAUGGCUGUCCAUAGUUCCUGGUGCGUUAUGUAAGUGGGACCCAACCAUGGAGAUGAUUAGAGGGCCCGACGAUGAAAUAUAUCUUAGGACCACUCGGGAUAUUUUACCGAGAGAAGAACUUAGAGCCUGGUUCAGUCCAUCGCUCCAAAGGGAGCUUGGGAUAUCAAAGCAUGAUAUGGAUGGCAAAGAAAAAGGAAACGGGCAUCACUGCACCAACUGUGAAAUGAUCAGCCACAGGAGCAAUGCGCAUGACCUGUACAAGUAUGACCACAAAGUUAAGUCAGACAGCCAUCAUAAGAGAUUUCAACAMCUCUCAUCUCAAGCAUCCCAGGACUCUCCUAGCAUUGAUAAAUCCUACAGAAGCCCAUCUCAGAUGAAAUUUCUUGGCAUAGAUUCCUGCAUUGAUCAUAGUGAAUUACAAUCAGCGUUUCGACGSUUUUCACACAAGAAGUUCCCUCCGUUUGAACAUCCUAGGCUCGCAAGCCUCAUCUCUUCAUUUUCCCAUCCAAGACAGCUCAAAGAUGCUAGCUCUGAAUCUCUCGCAGACUAUCACAAAAAAGAAUUCCGAAAAAAAUUUCAAGGGAACGAGCACUACCUCAGAAAACAUCUUUACCGGGAAGGACUGGAAAAAUGCUCAUUGGUUCGCUUUUCUGAAGAAGAGCAACACUACAUAACGACUGUGUCAAUCCAAAGACCAGCGGUUAAGUUCGAAAAAUACGAGACGAGUUGCUUUGACAACAGUUCCUUGGACAACGGUGACUUCAGCAAGGGUCAUCUUUUUUAUCGAGGCAAUAAUUCUCGUUGUGAUGAGAAUUUGUCAGUGAAUCGCUCUGAGAAAUGUAAGAUUUGGAAUCCUUUUAGUUCCUUUUCUGAAGAUACAAAGGCGAAACCUCAAAUUUCUAGCGAGGACAAACUAGAUGAGAAUUUGCCAGAAACGGAAUGUGCUAAUUUGAUCACUGAGGAGAAUGGUCUCGAACGAGGAGGUAUUCAAAUUCCCGAUGUUUUCCAUGAUAAACAAGAAAGCAAAACAUUUAUUUCUAAAGAUGAAGCAGUUAAGUACCAAGAUAGAAAUUCUGACGAAUAUAAUGAGGAGGCGCAUAUUUCCAUUGAACAUAAAACUGACAAAGAACUUCAUAGUGAUGACCUUGGCUCACAUUGCAAGCAAGAACGCAAAAGAAUGGCUAAUGACGACGAUAACAGUACAUCUCAACCACAUUCGUCACUGAUGCCUCGCUACUACUACACAAGGCCUUGGCUAUUCCCAAACACAAUGCUAUCYUCYCUAUCCAUGAAAGACAUGACCAACAGAGCAGCCACCAUCGCCUCGAUCUCGCGAUACCAAAACCUCCAGCCUCUCGCUCUGCCUUACGGGAUACCACUAGGUGGUCCACAAGCUCGACCACGUGUUACUCAAGGUUUCACAUGUGACUUUUGUGGGAAGGUAUAUUGCAGGAAAUACGUCUUGAAAAUCCACAUGCGCACGCAUACUGGGUUUAAACCGCUGAAGUGUAAGUUUUGUGACAAGUCGUUCAGUGAUCCAAGCAAUAUGAAAAAACAUGUGAAGCUGCACGAGACUGAGAACACAGUUCACAAAUGUAAACACUGUGGAAGGAAYUUUGUCAGAUACCGGGGAUUACUGAAUCAUAUCAAAUCGAAACAUACGGAGCCUUUAAACAUGGGGAUUCUAAUGUAAUUUGCUUGCCUUUGAAAAAAAACAYACAGCAAMAACAAAUAACUUAUCCAUUGGGGAUAUAAAGAACACUAUUAUAACAAUUUCUUGAAGAAGUAUAACCUAAUGAUGGUAGACAAAGGGAAAUGUUAAGGUCAGCUUCUUUUUAAAACACUCAUUAUGCAUGCGUUUUUAUAGAUGUCAAAGAAUCACGUUUGGGAACAUAUUCAGUGGUCCAUMUUAUAUUUGGCAAACUUACAUUCUUUAGAAUCAGUUUUUUGGAAUAGUUUUUAUCGUUUGACGUUCGUAAAAAUUCGUCGUCGAUGGACGAAACAGCGAGAUAGACUUGAAGCAGGUCUCUAGCAUCUUAAUGAACAUUGUAUAGAAAGACGAGGUCUGAAUCAAUCCAGUGUUUGUACAGAAGUAUUAUCAGAUGUAUAAGAUACAUUUAACAUAUUGGUGAAUUAGAUUCACGUAAUUUAAUUAUACAUUGUCAAGUUAUUGAUUUAUAAAGAGGACUUCACUUCAUCUUAAGGUUCUGUAACGAGCAGCAAAAUCGUCCAACAUGUCUCGCAACACUGCUGCAAAACAAGUUGCAAAGUGAUGCAGAGCCUUUUACUACUUKUGAACCAAAUUGUCGCGCAUCAAAAUGAUUUGCUGCAARUUUGACCAAUCCUUAUUU